AUGUCUUCAGUCAAAGCCAUCAUCUUCGGCGCAACAGGCGCAGUUGGGCGAGCUGCAGCCCUAGAAGCCCAAUCCCGCGAUGCACAAGUCACACUCGCCAUGCGCAAUAUCAAAAAGCCCAUUCCUGGUUUCACUCCCGAACUUGAGAGAAGGCUGGGCUUCACUCGCGUCCAGGCCGAUCUCUCAGAUCCCGAGUCCGUGGGGCGCGCCGUUUCUGAAUCAGGAUCAACCGUUGCGUUUUCAUACAUACUCUUCGAAGCGGAGGAUGGUCUUUUAGAAACGUAUAAAGCUAUGAAGAGGGCUGGCAUCAAGCAUGUUGUGCUACUCUCUUCAUUCUGCGUUACGGAGAAUGGAGGUGCAAAGCCAUCUUCUGAGGCAGAGGAAAUCCUAGCUAUUAUCCAUGGCAAAGCUGAACUUGCACUUGCUGAAAGUGGUCUUGCUUAUACUGUCAUACGUCCUGCGUAUUUCUCAAGUAAUAUCCAGAUGCUGGAAGACUGGGACGAGGUCAAGUCUGGACAGCUUGAGUUGGCUCAUCCCGAUGCACCAUUCGAUUAUCUCGCACCCGAAGACGUUGGCGCUCUCGCAGGUGCAAGAAUCGUUGCGACACCGCCU